AUGUUUCCCGAGAAGCAACAUGCCGAUCACCAGGCCCGCAACCGUCACAGGGUCCCGGCCUUGCGUCAAGUUCUGAACGUGAUCGGCUGUGCCUUGGCGAUCCCUCUGUACUACUUGACAACGGCGCACAGUCGGUAUCCGGUCACGCUAGACAUCGUCAUCACCAUCGCACUCACCGAACUGAACCGUUAUGUUAUCGAAGGAUGCCGGAUGUCCUUCGGCCAGCGGCGGGGCCGUGGUCCUGAAACGUCGGAUGAGAUAGAUGAGAAGGCAGCCAUCUACUCGGAGAGUCAACCACAGCCGCCGAGGGUGGAGUGUCUAGCUGCAGUCGUGGGAUGGCGAGAGGAUCCCGCCCUAUAUGCCCGCGCCCUCGAGAGCUACAAAUCGUCCGGCGCAUGUGUGUUCCUGCUUGCGGGGAUCGACGGAGACGAGGCUGAGGACCAGGAUAUGGCCAGGGUGUUCAAAAAGAUUUAUCCAGAAGACUCGGCGGUCAUCCAAAUACCUGAACCGUUUGGAGAAGUGGCCGAGCGAGUCCGAGCCAAGUUCAUUGCUCAAAACCGCCACCAUGAUGAGCCGGUUAACGACCAGGACGCCGAUGCUGCCACGAUGCAAUAUUGUAUCGAGUUGGCCAAGGGGAUCCUAGUUCAGCACGACCUCCGGAUUGGCGCGCCAGAUGGGGUGCGGCGCUUGUGUCUCAAGCAGCGCCACAUGCAUAAGAAGGGGAUCAUGUUCACGACUUACGUCUUUUCCCUCGUCAUUGCCGAUAUCCUCGGCGUCGAAUUUCUUUGGUCUUCGGAUUCCGACACAAUUGUCUUCCCGGAUUCGCUUGAGCGUACCAUCAAUACCAUUGCGGCAGACCCCGGGGCUGGAGGGGCAAGUUCCGGGUUGGUUGUUCAUAAUUCGCAAGAAACAACCAUAACGAAACUCGCUGCAGCCGUGUACUGGGGCGAGCUAUACCUGACACGGUCCACGCCUGCUUGUACAGGGACGAGCGACUGCCAGAGUGGCCCGAGCACCGCGUUCCGGCUAGCCGCUCUGCCCGAGAUCCUUGUGCCGUGGUAUCUCCAGGAGGCGCUCGGCAAGCGGAUGAUUGUGAACGAGGACCGCCAUCUCACGACAAACCUCUUGCUCAGGGGGUGGAAGGUGAUGUUUGCGUCAGACGUCCUGACGGCAACGGACACGCCAACGACAAUGGCGAGGUGGCUUAAGCAGCAAGUCCGUUGGGCGAGAGCAACUCAUAUUGAGUCCCUGCUCCACCCUCGCGUAUAUGCCACAAGUCACCCGCUUCUAUUCUACGGCAUGGCAAAGCGCGAGUUCGGGCCAGCCAUUGGUGCCAUCGCCAUCAUAUGGUAUUUCUUCACCUCGCAGCAGCUCGUUGUUUUUUCUGCCAGCGACCUUGUACUCCGCGUUCUGGUUGGCUCAUGCUAUAACCUUCUGAGGAAUCCCGAUCGAUUAACAGGGAAAGGGUUGCUCUGGGUUCUCCCGAGUAUUUUAUUCUACUAUAUUCCGCUUCCGGCUGUUCAUCUAUGGAGCAUGAUGACCAUGGGGGCGGACGGAUGGGGGACCAGCAUGAGGGCCAGUGGCGAACGAGCGAGGAGAGAAAGUUUGAGGAAAGCAUGGUUCGAGACGGGCUUUUUUGUUGUGUGGAUGGGAAUACUGGCUGGCGUUGUGGCAAAGAUUCUCGGUCUGUAUUUUGGUAUGGUUUGGCAUGAGAGGGUCGCGGCGGUACUGGUCAGUACUGCCGUAGGAGCAUUUGGAGCCUGGAGUAUCACAAUUGGCGCAUCAUAG